CCGGUCGAUAGACCUAAAACGUCAACGUACCCGUUUGUACUAGGCCACAUCCUAGACUCAACAAGGUGCAUCGCAGUAAAUCUCAGAUGCUAGCUCCACGUUUCAUAUUCCACCAAAAACGUUACUUUGCCCUCUCAGCACACUAGGACAGCACAAAGUAGUUAUCCCGCACAUUAAUUAAUUAGUUGGGCGGCAAUGGCCCAGCUUAAAGUCGCUAUUAUCGGCCAGAGUACGUUCGCUGCGGAAGUUUAUAAACUCCUCAAGCAAGAUGGUCAUCACAUUACGGGAGUUUUCACGGUCCCUGAUAAGUCCAAUCGGGAGGAUCCCUUAGCUGCGACAGCUAAAGCUGACAACACCCCAGUCUUCAAGAUCAAGGCCUGGCGCAGCAAGGGCGUGCCUCUCCCCGAGAUUCUCGACCUCUACAAGAGCAUCGACGUCGACCUGAACGUCUUGCCGUUCUGCACGCAGUUCAUCCCGAUGGAAGUUAUCGAUCACCCAAAACACAGGAGCAUCUGUUAUCACCCAUCGAUACUACCCAGGCACCGGGGUGCCAGUUCUAUCAGUUGGACAUUGAUCGAAGGAGACAAGGAGGCAGGUCUCUCGAUUUUCUGGGCGGACGAUGGUCUCGACACGGGUCCAAUCCUCCUCCAGAGGAGGUGCCCGGUGGAGCCCAACGACACCCUGGACACUCUCUACAACAACUUCCUCUACCCCGAGGGAAUAAAAUCGAUGGCGGAGGCUGUGAACCUCGUGGCGGCGGGAAGGGCCCCCAAGACGCCUCAACCCGAGGAAGGCGCGACGUACGAGCCCCUCCUCAACAAGAAGGAGCUGCAGAGGGUCGACCUGACGAAGUCGGCGGCGCAGAUCCACAAUUUCAUCAGGGGAUUGGACAGCUCCCCGGGAGCGUGGACUCUCCUCAACGGAGAGGAGGUGAAGGUCUACGGGUCGACGCUCUGGGGGUCUGCGAAGCCCGAGGGCGAGGCCGUCGAGGUUGACGGGCACCUGGGGGUCGUCCACGAGGGGGGACUGCUCAUCGCGGCGGGGGCUGGGGGCUUCGUCAACGUCGAGAAGCUCAAGGUGGGGAGCAGGACCUUCCGCGCUGCCAAUUUCGGGAGGGAUGACGAAGGAUUCGCCAGGGUGGAGUUCACUGAGGACGAGAGGGAGGCUGUGGAGGUCAUCAAGGACAUCUGGAGGAGCAUUCUUAAUGUCGAGGUGGAGGAGGACACGGACUUCUUCGCUUGUGGAGCGGGUUCCAUGGACGUCGUAAGACUAGUAGAAGAGGUAAAAGACCGCCUGAACAUCGCGAUUCAAAACACAGACGUCUUCAUGGCCCCAGUAUUCCUGCAGUUCGCCUCGGCGACGAUUCUGACGGGACGAGGAGCGGCAGCGGCCGCUGAAAUAAAAUACGACGCUGUGGAGGUCAGGGCCAACAACCUGGACAUCAAGUUCCCCAGGCAAUUGUUCAUCGAUGGUAAAUUCGUCAACGGUCGGGGCAAACCAAUCCCGUCCAUCGAUCCACACGACGAACACGUCAUUUGCGAGGUGGAGUGUGGAUCCCCCGAGGACGUCGAUCUCGCUGUCCAGGCGGCGAAGAGGGCGCAUGAGGAGGGCGAGUGGAGCAAAAUCAGUGCGAGGGAACGAGGCGCUUUAUUAUUCAGGCUGGCAGACCUGAUGGAGCAGCACAAAUCCGAGCUAGCGACAAUCGAGAGUAUCGACUCAGGCGCGGUGUACACCCUGGCGUUGAAGACCCACGUGGGUAUGUCGAUCGAGACCUGGAGAUACUUCGCAGGUUGGUGCGACAAGAUCCAGGGCUCGACGAUUCCCAUAAGCCACGCCCGCCCCAACCGCAACCUGACCUUCACCCGAAAAGAGCCCAUCGGGGUAGUGGGUCUGGUGACCCCCUGGAACUACCCCCUGAUGAUGCUCUCCUGGAAGAUGGCGGCGUGCCUGGCAGCGGGGAACACAGUUGUGAUGAAGCCUGCGCAGGCCUCACCCCUCACAGCUCUAAAAUUCGCUGAGCUGUCGGUUAAGGCGGGGAUUCCCCCUGGAGUUAUCAACAUCGUUCCAGGCGACGGACGAGUCACAGGGGCUUCAAUCGUGAAGCACCCGCAGAUCCGCAAGCUCGGCUUCACGGGUUCCACCGAGAUAGGCCAAGCGAUAAUGCGAGACUGUGCGCUGAACCUGAAAAAAGUGUCCCUAGAGCUCGGGGGCAAGUCUCCCCUCGUCAUCUUCGACGACUGCGACCUCCAGCAGGCGGUGAGAGUCGCCAUGAGCGGUGUCUUCUUCAACAAAGGCGAGAACUGCAUCGCCGCGGGGCGGAUCUUCGUCGAGGAGUCCAUCCACGACGACUUCGUCAGGCGAACGGUGGAGGAAGUGAAGAAAAUCAAAAUCGGAAAUCCCCUCGACAGGGCGACGUCGCAGGGCCCUCAGAACCAUAAACAGCAUCUCGAUAAGCUCCUGGAGUACGUCGAGAGGGGGGUGAGGGAGGGGGCGACCCUGGUCUACGGGGGGAAGAGGGUCAACCGACCCGGGUGGUACUUCGAGCCCACGAUCUUCACCGACGUUAAGGACGACAUGUUCAUCGCUAUCGAAGAGUCCUUCGGACCCAUCAUGAUUAUCUCGAAAUUCAGCGCGAGGAAUGUCGCUGAUUUAAUCAAGAGGGCCAAUGACACUGAGUUCGGACUCGCCUCGGGGGUCCUCACGAGGGACAUCAGCAAGGCUUUGAGGUUCGCUGAGGAAAUUGAGGCUGGAACCGUUUUUAUUAACACUUAUAACAAGACCGAUGUCGCCGCACCCUUCGGGGGGUUCAAGAGGUCUGGUUUCGGAAAGGAUUUGGGGCAGGAGGCGCUCAAUGAGUACUUGAAGACUAAAACUAUUACGAUUGAGUACUGAUUACUUCAAUAUGAGAAAAAAAGAAAAAAAACGGAUAAAAAAUUAUCAAACUGCGAUUUUUUAAAUCACAUUGUUUUAUUGAACUAUUUUUUUCUCUAUUGAACUGGUAUUUUUUUAGAAAAUUCCAGCAAAAGAAAUGAGAACAUUCAAAUUGAGGAAUUUCCUUGGAAUGAUUUUUUGAUAGAAUUUUUUUGAACGUGAUUUUGAAAUGAACGUGGAAUUGAUUUUUUUUUUCAGUUUUAGAGAAGAAAACGAAAAAACUGGAGAUAUCAUCAAUAGGUAUUGUUCCAUCCAUUAAUUUUAAGGCAUUCCAUGUUUAACUUAAGGCACAUCGUAUCAUCUUAUUUUUAAUAAAAGAUAUUUAUGAAGGCAGUUUUUAUUAAUUCUUGUAAUAAGACCGAUGUCGCCGCACCCUUCGGGGGGUUCAAGAGGUCUGGGUUCGGAAAGGAUUUGGGGCAGGAGGCGCUCAAUGAGUACUUGAAGACUAAGACUAUUAACGAUUGAGUACUGAUCUUCAAUAUGAGAAAAAAAAGAGAAAAACCAUCAGAUAAAAAAAUUAUCAAAUCGCGAUUGUUUAAAUCACAUUAUUUUAGUGAACUAUUUUUUCUCGUCUCGUUAGAAAAUUCCAGCAAAGGAAUGAGAAACUUUAAAUUGAGGAAUUGCCUCGCAGUUAAUUUCGAUAGAAUUUUUUUGAACGUGAUUUUGAAGUGAACGUGGAAUUGAUUUUUUUUUCAAUUUUGGAGAGAAAAACGAAAAAACUGGAGAUGUCAUCACCUAUUGUUCCAUCCAUUAAUCUUAAGGCAUUCCAUGUUUAACUUAAGGCACAUCGUAUCAUCUUAUUUUUAAUAAAAGAUAUUUAUGAAGAUA